GUCAAAGUGGCCUACGGGUUAUAGUUCGUGUCAGGCCACCAGCUAAUUAAGUGAAAAGUAUGAAGUUCCCACUGAUGACUUUAUCUGCUCUUUACGUUCUUCAGGUGGAAGGUGAUUCAAUCACAAAAAUAAAAAAACUCGCGAAUGAUGUGGCUGAAGAAACUCUUUAUUCUGACCAAGAUUUUUUCAAUUCAGUAAUAAUGAUGUUAAGCAAUGUAAAAGAUGUGGCUACAUUUUCCUUAUUUGAAACAUGGAAUUCCACAUAUAUUCUCUUUAAUAAUGUAAAUAAAUCGGCUGAAACAAAGGAACAAAAGGACUGCAUUGCUUCUGAAAGAAAAAAAUUGAGCGACAUAAUCGAAGGAGUGGCAUCUCCUCUUUUCAGCUGCGGCAGGCAUGCAUUGGAAUUCGCAAACCCAAUUCGAAACAAAAUUCAAGAUGGGCACAGGACAAGCAUGCAGAUUUUAAGUGAUUUGCAAUCAGUUAAAGAAAGCUGCUCCUCAAAGAUAGCUAAACUAGAGGAUGAAUGUAUCUCAAUGAAACUAAAGAAAAUCGAAAUUUCUUUGAUGGAUUUACUGGAGAAAUUGGUUACUCUUAAGAUUGAAGGGAGUACCAUAAAACCCAAAAUACUUAGUGACACCUUAGAUUGCAAUGCUGAAGUUUUGACAGGAAUAAACAAAGAGAUAACAAAUCUUCAUAAUAGGCUUAAAGAAUGCCUUCAAUAAAUUUAUAGAGAUUAAGACUCAUACGCAGAAAAAACUGUAUUUUUAGUUAAAUAUUGGUUUUAAAUUGAGGCUUUCUCUGGGAAAAACAGUUAUGUCUAUUUGCGUUUUAGCACCGAAUUGUUUAAAAAACUUUUCAAAAUGUCUUUUUUAAAGACCAAAAAGGAUAUUCUUGACUUUUGAAAAUGUUUGCAUGAUAAAAAAGACGUAGUUUUUGGUUUUUAAAAAUACAUUUUUAAACGUUUUCCUUUUAAUUUCAUGCCAAAACCUGAUUUCACUUAGUUGUUUUUCCAGAGAGCGGCUCAAUUAAGACGCAGCGAUUUUUUAGUCAAAAGAGACUUUUGAGUUUUUAAAUGAGAUAAAGUGACAUGAUGUCCUGAAGUAAGACCUGAAAAGGGACGCAGAAAAGGUUAGCCUAGUUUUUUUCGCAAUAUAAAACCUUAAAUUAUUUUAAUUACCUCAAUCUCCAGAGAAUCAGUUUCCAUCGUGUCCUUGUCAAAGUCAUAUUCUUCCACGAUGGCGAUGAGAUUUCCAACAUGCACCAUUUUUUCUCACGGAAAUACAUUUGAGCAUGCAGUUCUUAGCGUCGUGACUUUUCUUAGAUUAAGAUUCUUGUUAUCAAAGAUUUCUUUUUAUUUAAUUGCAGAUUUUUAUCUAGAGAUAAUAUUUGUGCGAAACGGAAAUUUAAUCUUCAGUACGGUUCAAUUUAAAAGUAUGACUUUGAAAUUAUAUGUCAAAAAAGAUUUUCCAAACAAAUUUUUUUACAACAACCUAGUGCAUAUAAUUUUAAAUGGAAUUCAAGUAUCUUUUAAGUUCUUCUAACUGAAUUUCGAAAGUAACAAUUUGUAGGAGCGCCACUUCAAAAAUAUUCAGAUGUUAUGCAGAACGAUAUGCUGAAUCCGAUGGUAAACGAUAUUAUCGCGAACAUAUGGUUGUUCACUAAAAAGCGUUAAUUAAAAAUUUUAUUACAAACGUCUCUUGAAAUUAUCGGAAUUUUGAUAAAAAGUUUUUAACUAUUAGGUGUUGUUGAAAUCAAUAAUUUUAUGGAUAUUUCAGGUUCUUCUUCAUAAAUCAUUAGAUUAUGAUAACUGAAAUAAAAACUGUUUUGUCCAUUUUAGAAUCUGACCAACAGCCUACGUCAUAAAAAAGACAAACAAGUUUUGCAAUAAGAUUUGUUUGAACUGGAAUUUGACCUACAAUCAUUAAAAUUUAUAUUUUUUAAACCGACUUCAAUCUUUCAACAAUGAGAAGAUCCUGCAGGCAGUUGCUUCUUUCGCAACGCGUUUCAGAAAAUUUUUGUUUUCUCUAUUAUACCUGAAUGAGAAAAGUAGAUUUAAAAAUUUGAAUAAUUUUAAACUGAAAUCGGGCUCCAAGAGAAUAUUUUGCAAAACUUGUUUGAGCUUUUCCACAUAAGCUAUGUAUUAGAUGCAAACAUGUUCAUGAAAAUUUUAUUCCUCUUAUCAUAAUCUAAUUAAUUCUGUAGUGAAAAAUGGUUAGUUGAGCAAAAUAUUUAGUUAGUAAGAUAUAACACUACUAUUUUAUUGAUUGGUGGUGGUAUUUUAACAGUUUAUAGUGCUAAUUUAUUAUCUGGCACAACAAUUCCAUUAGUUGAAGUGAUUAUUCAAUCGGUACCACAAACAAGAAGAUGAUUGUCCUAACUAAUAA